UCGUUUUGCGAAGCUUGUUGUUCAGCCUGUCGGUCUGUGCUGCGGUGUCAAAGGUUACAGACAACAGGACUCGUGUGUGUGAUCUUUAUCUCGGCUGUGCUGUUUGGAGAGUAGGUGGAGGUCGAUGUGCUGAUAAGAGCAGGACCUGACGCUGCACUCUCAGGCCUCCGUGCAGCCACAGGAACAGGUUUCAUAAAACACACCUGUUGGCAGGAGCUCAGCAUACCUGCGCAGGUGGCUCAGAGGGCAGGACUGCUCGUCCUUCCUGCUCCUUCACAUCAGACUCAGCACUUCACAGGUGAAAAGACGCUGAUGCCCGUCAGAAGAUGGAGGUCGGUUCCUGCUUCUGUGUCGUCGCUGCGGCCGUGUUCAUCUUCACUGUGCUGUGGAAGCUCAAAGAGGGCUGUGGCGAUGGAUCCUGGGCCGCAGCUGCCGGGGCCCUCGUCGGGGCCCUCGUCGGGGCCUCUCUGUAUCUUACUGUUCCUCCGGUCGUCUGUGGGGUGGCCUUCUUCAGCUGCAGCUUCGCCCUGAUCUACCUGACUGAGAGGAGAGCCGAGCUGCUGCCGGCGAGGAGCAAAGCGGUGCUGAUUACAGGUUGUGAUUCAGGUUUCGGACACGUGCUGGCUCAGCGGCUCAGCGAGAUGGGGGUGAUGGUGUUUGCUGGUGUGCUGGACGUGAACGGAGCCGGAGCUCGGAGGCUCAGAGAAGGAACAUCUGGAAACCUGCAGGUCCUGCAGCUGGACGUGACCGACGGCCGCCAGAUAGAGACGGCACACCGACACGUCUGUGCUCAGGUGUCUGCCACAGGUUUGUGGGGUUUGGUGAACAACGCGGGCGUCUUUCAGUGUCCCGCGGACGCAGAGCUCCAGCCAAUCGCAGCGUACAGAUUCUGCAUGGACGUCAACUUCCUGGGUGCCGUGAAGAUGAGUCAAGUCUUCCUCCCUCUGCUGAGGCGGUCCAGAGGACGCAUCGUCAACGUGUCCAGCAUGGCAGGUGAGGUGCCGAUGCCCAUGCUUACUGCAUACGGAGCGUCAAAGGCGGCGCUGAGCGUCGUGACGGCGGCGAUGAGGAUGGAGCUGUCCGCGUGGGGCGUCAAAGUGGCCUUGAUUCAGCCUGCGGGCUUCAGAACCAACAUCUUCGGUACCGGUGACGACGCGGCUCGCCACAGAGACCAGAUCCUCGCAGCGGUUUCCCCCGAGGCCAGAGAGGAUUAUGGGGAGGCGUACAUCUCGUCUCUCCCCAGCAGUCUGUCCAGGAUGUCCCAGGAUGUGGCGGGGGACUUGUCUCCUGUGGUGGACGACAUGUGUCACGCUCUGCUGUCAGUCCGUCCCAAACCCGUGUACGCUCCGGGACAGAUGGGGCGGCUGCUCCCGUUUCUCCACCGCUGCUGCCCCACCGCCCUGUUCGACACCAUCAUGAUCAACUUCGUUAAGCACACUGAGCUUCAACCGGCAGGCCUCGACAGGAGCUGAGGCUCAUGGGAAAAUGUCCUCCAGGACACAAACGGCAGAGUGACUUUCCUGCGGAGGUGUUGUGGUUUUCAGAGAAUAAAACUGACUCGAGUUUUCACCUGA